CUUAGAAGGCUAAAGCAUAAGCCUCCUUGGCUUCCCACAUUGUUUGUCUGUCUGUCUGUCGGGCUGUCUCCUCUCUCAAAAGCUGAAGAACAGGUCGCGAAAUCACAGUGGGGCAUUGACCAAGCUAAAGGGACAUCACAAGCGGAGGAGAGGAGCCACGAGAGGCAGGAUCCAGUUGGCUUUCACCCUUCAAAAACCCACACGCAGCCGGCAAAAGUUUUAAGCGUGAAGUGAGGUUGCAGAGAGCAGAAAAUCAAUUGAAUCGAGGAGAGGAGGUGUGUGUAUGGGAGAGUGUGUCUUUGCAUAGUUGAACGGAUGGAGUCAACGGCGUACAGGGGGGAAAUGAGAAAUACUUGAAACCAAAAGUUGUCUUUUAUCUUUACCCAGAGAAAAGGCAACUUGAGAGAUGGAGGUCCUACGACGUUCUUCAGUGUUCGCUGCGGAGGUGAUGGAAGUUUUUGACAGAUCCCCCACUGACAAAGAACUGGUGUCCCAAGCUAAAGCACUCUGCAGGGAAUACAUACACUCCAGGCUGAUACGAGCUAGCCUGGUCUGGAGCAAACCUGACUACAAUGUGCCAAGUCCUGGGGGGAAGCUAGCAGAGGUGUCCACCAUACUCCUCCGACUCGGGGAUGAAUUGGAAUACAUCCGGCCAAACGUGUACCGGAACAUCGCCCGGCAGCUCAACAUCUCUCUGCACUCUGAGACGGUGGUGACGGAUGCUUUCUUGGCCGUUGCUACGCAGAUCUUCUCAGCAGGGAUAACAUGGGGUAAAGUGGUGUCCCUCUAUGCUGUGGCUGCCGGGCUGGCUGUGGAUUGUGUGAAGCAGGGUCAGCCAGCAAUGGUGCACACCAUCGUGGACUGCCUGGGAGAGUUUGUGCGAAAGACCCUGGUGACGUGGCUGAAGAGGCGAGGAGGAUGGGCAGACAUAAUGAAAUGUGUGGUGAACACGGACCCCAGCCUGCGCUCCCACUGGCUUGUGGCGGCCGUCUGCAGCUUUGGGCACUUCCUGAAAGCCAUCUUCUUUGUGCUGUUACCGGAGAGAUGAGCGACACAGCCCAUUUAAGUCACAAGCCAAGUCUCCUUUUCUGCUCCGGGUGCCAAUGCGCCUUACCCUUUUAUGACCCCGAGGAAGAGAAGGAGCAAGGCUGAGACAAACAAGAACAUUUCUUUCUUCUCUCUUGAGCGGAGAGCAGUUCUGCCUAAUUCUAAGUUGUCUUUUACUUCAGCAGCAGGAAGCUUAUCUCUACUCUGGAGUUAACCUUGAAAGGACACCUCUCACUCAUCUUUCCUCUGUGAAUGCAAAGUAGCCAAGGCCAGACCUUUGAGAGGGGGUGGAGGAGGGAAACCAUUACCUUGGAAGCUUCUUCAUGAGUAAUAUACAAAUGCCUUUCCCCUUCAUUCUAGGGUGUGCUUGUAUAUUUGUAGGGGGUUUGUGUAGGAUACACAGUAAAUAUUCACUCAUCACAAUCAUUCAGUUGUUUAUUGAGUGCUUACUGUGAGCAAAACUGUACUAAGC